CUUUGUUAUUUUACUGUCAAAGUUGUACCCGUAGGAGCAGGACGCGUAGCAGUACUUAGAAAACUUUAUUUUUAUAAUAAAAUGGCAGAAUCCGUGACAGAAAUACCGGUUAAUAUAGAAGAAAGUAUAAAAGAAACUUUACAAAAUGGAACAACCAAACCUUAUAUGAGUAUAGAAGGGGUGGCGGUCGCGUACUUAAGUUUGGUGGUCAUGGCAAUUUUACCCAUAUUUUUCGGAUCAUUUCGUUCAGUGAAAUAUCUUAAAGAGCAAAAGGAAUCUGGUGAGCGCCCUGAAACAAUGUCCAACCGUGAUGCACUCAUGUUCCCAGUGAUUGCCUCGUGUGCUUUAUUUGGUCUCUACAUAUUCUUCCAGUUCUUUUCCAAGGAGUAUAUAAACCUGCUUCUUACGGGUUACUUCUUUUUCUUAGGAGUAUUGGCACUUAGUCAUUUACUAAGCCCAAUCAUAUCAGUAAUGAUGCCAGCAUCAGUUUCAAAAGUGCCCUACCACAUAUUAUUUACGCGAGGUGAUCGUGAUGUGGUCAACUAUAAGUUCACCUCUUAUGAUGUUAUAUGUCUGGUUAUUUCUUUCGUUUUCGGCCUCUGGUAUUUACAUAAGAAGCACUGGAUCGCAAACAAUCUGUUUGGUAUUGCAUUUGCAAUCAAUGGAGUCGAGCUUUUGCAUCUGAACAAUGUCGUGACUGGCUGUAUUUUAUUGUCUGGACUUUUUUUGUAUGACAUUUUCUGGGUGUUUGGUACAAACGUGAUGGUCACAGUUGCCAAGUCCUUUGAAGCGCCCAUCAAAUUGGUUUUCCCACAAGAUAUUUUCGUGAACGGUUUCAAUGCCAGCAACUUUGCCAUGCUGGGUCUGGGAGAUAUUGUGGUGCCUGGUAUCUUCAUUGCUCUGCUUUUGCGCUUCGACAAAAGUCUUAAACGCAAUUCGGAAUUCUACUUCAGAGCUACGUUCACAGCCUACAUCGUAGGAUUAUUGGCAACGAUCGUGGUAAUGCACGUGUUUAAACACGCACAACCCGCUUUGCUCUAUCUGGUACCGGCCUGUCUCGCAACACCCCUUACUCUUGCGUUACUCAAAGGAGAUAUCAAUGCUUUGUUCAACUAUGAAGACCAACCCGCAAUCGAAGAGAAAGCAGACGCGAGUAAGACAAAGAAAUCUGAAUAAUGUAGAUUUAAAUAUUUCGUCAAGCACAAAUUUAUUACACACCAUGGUUAUUAAAAGUUAGGGACCAUGAUUGGCAAAAUUUUCAAAUACACGGCUAUAACCUCUUUUACCUUUUAGAUCUCAAAUUGUAUCUUAUAAAAAUCUAAGCUGUUUAAAAUAACGUCGGCAUACAUUCCCUUCAUUAUGCUGUUAAAGUACUUUAUUACGCCUCAUCCUUAAAUGUUUUAUUUGGCUUAAGGCGUAAGGUAUUUCUUAGAAACAACUUAGAAAUGUGAGACCAGAAGCCAUAAAGGCUACUAGAUAAUAUUUAUCUGUGAUAAUUUGUGUUGUUUAAAUGGCAGUAUCUACAAGACGUACGCGUACGUUAGUAUACGUACGUAUGUACGCGUAUGUGCGUAUACUUGGGCGAUCUGUACCAUGAGUAUGUCAGAGUAUUAAACGCAACGGUAAAGCAAAACUACAAACAUUUUCUUGGCGUUUCCAUUUGUUUUAAUUUUCCAUUGCGCGAUAAUUAUAAAGCCGUGUAUUUUUUCAAAUUAGAUAUUUGAUCUUCCCGUAUCUUCCAUUGGUGGUACUUUGAAACUUGUAUAAAUAUUAAUAUUUAGCCAAAUGCAAUUAGUUAUUGUUAACCUUAACGUGUUGCCUCUCAAAAUUAUUUUUAUAUUUUGCACCAUGUAAAUAUAUUUUCUUAUAAACUACAAAUUAGGUUGUUGUUCGAGAAUUUACAAGUGUAUUUUACAAAUAAAUUAUCUCUUUAUUUUAUAAGUUCUUUUGCUUGUUCCUUUUUAAUCUGUAUUUUUUUAUUAUAUAUAGGCAGUUUAGAAGAUGCUGCUAUUUUUCUUAAAUACUUUUGUUCUUAUCGUAUUCUAAGAUUUCAUUGGUACAUUUUACGGAUUGUUCUUCAUAAUUUUCUUCUAAUCUGCUAAUGCUAACUUAAGGAGACAAAAAACAAUUGUAGAGUUUCUAUUUCAUUGUUAAAAAGCGAAAUGAAUCUUAAUACGAUAAAAUUUAUUCUUAUUUCUUUACUGCCUAUAGUUUAUUGGUAAGUUUUACGUCAUAAUAUGAAUUUCUAUCGAAUUUAUAUACGACAAUUGACAACAAUGUCUGGGCUAAGUAAUAAAUAUUAAAAAAUA